AUGGAGAAUGAUUACAAACUUCCAACUGUAGACCAUGUUGAUCAGUUUAUUUCUGCAGAAAUCCCUGAUUUAAACCAAGACCCGGAACUAUAUACGCUUGUGAAAGACCAUAUGAUUCACGGUCCAUGUGGUCCUGAUAGAGCAACAGUUGCUGUGGUUCCGAGCAAUAAUGAAAACGAGCAAGCAGAAAAUGAUGAAAUUAAAGAGUAUUAUGACUGUAGGUAUAUAUCUGCGUGUGAAGCCUCUUGGAGGAUUUUUUCUAAUGAAGUUAAUUAUAGGAGUCCUUCUGUUAUGCGUCUUCCUUUCCAUCUUCCUGGACAACAAACAGUUUGUUUCGGUCCUGAUGAAGAUAUUAAUCAAGUGCUAAACAAACCAUCUGUUAACUCAUCAAUGUUUUUAGCUUGGAUGCAACGUAAUCAAGAUCCUAACGACCAUGUUGCACAGAUGUUUGCUAUGCGCUUGGUUUGUUUGGAUGACGACUCGGAGUACAUUGAGGCCAUCAAAGAAGCAAAUAUAUCAGGUAGUGCAGGUUAUAUUCGAAAUUUAUUCGCCACCAUGUUACUGUCAAGCACAUUAUCUAGACCUGAAGUUGUCUGGGAAAGCACAUGGAAGUAUAUGACAGAUGAUUUUCUGUACAGAUUCUCAAAGUAUCAUCGUGUUUCAGGUUUAUCAAUUCCUGAUGAGCAACUAAAGAACUAUGUUUUAUGCGAAAUCGAGAAGUUUUUAACUCGGAAUAAUUCAUCGCUUCGGAGAUUUUUAUCAAUGCCUUACCCGGAUACUUCAUCUUUAGAUAACUUUCGCUGCCGAUUGAUUAACGAAGAGCUUGCUUAUGACAGAUCAGAGUUACAAAAUGUUUAUCAAGGUCAGGUGAAUUUGUUAACGGAUGAACAACGUGCAGUAUAUGAAGAAAUUAUGAACGCAGUUCAUGGAGACAAUGGAGAAGUAUUUUUUGUUUACGGUUAUGGCGGGACCGGUAAAACAUUUUUAUGGAAAACAUUGUCUGCUGCAAUUAGGUCAAAAGGUGAGAUUGUAUUAAACGUUGCAUCUAGCGGAAUUGCAUCAUUGCUGUUGGAGGGAGGAAGAACGGCUCAUUCUAGGUUUCAUAUACCUUUGAAUCUUAAUGAGGAUUCCGUUUGUCAUAUAAAACCAGACGACGAUGUAGCUAAAUUACUACAGCAGACCAAACUCAUUAUAUGGGAUGAAGCUCCUAUGGUUCAUAAACAUGCAUUUGAGGCUUUGGAUAGAACUAUGCAUGACAUUUUCAAUAUAUCUAAUCCAUCCAGGUCUGAUGUUUUAUUUGGAGGAAAGGUAAUUGUAUUUGGUGGUGAUUUUAGGCAAAUACUACCUGUUGUUCCAAACGGUGGACGUCAAGAAAUUGUGAAUGCCUCAUUAUGUUCUUCUUAUUUGUGGAGUAAGUGUAAGUUGUUGACGUUAUCUAGAAACAUGAGGUUAACUGUUGGAAGACCAUCAUCUGAAGUUGAAGAAAUCAGUAAUUUUGCAAAAUGGUUGUUGGAUGUUGGUGAGGGAAAUGUUGGUGGUUCCAAUGAUGGAGAAGCAAUAAUUGAAAUACCACCUGAGCUUUUAAUUGAUAGCAUAUCUGAUCCAAUUUCUAGCCUGAUUGAUUUUGUUUAUCCGUCAAUUUUGGAGAAUUACAAUGAUCGUAAUUACUUUAGUACAAGAGCUAUACUUGCGCCUAAGAAUGAGGUUGUUCACGAGAUUAACGACAGAUUGUUGGCAGUAUUCCCUGGUGAAGAAAAAGAGUAUCUUAGUUCUGACAGUCUAUGCCCUACUGAAGAUGGCAAUGUUGAUCAGCAAAAAAUAUACUCCCCCGACGUGCUCAAUGGUCUCAAAGUGUCUGGUUUACCAAAUCAUAGGUUAGUGCUUAAAGUUGGUGUUCCAGUAAUGUUGUUGCGAAAUAUUGACCAACGAAAUGGUUUGUGUAACGGUACAAGGUUAAAGGUCACAAAACUUUACAGUUGUGUUAUUGAAGCUGAGAUAAUUUCUGGUGGUAAUAUUGGUUCUCGGACAUUCAUACCUAGAAUGAAUUUGGUACCUUCGGACCGAAAGAUUCCUUUUGCAUUCCAAAGGAGGCAAUUUCCAAUAACUGUAUGUUUUGCAAUGACGAUUAACAAAAGCCAGGGACAGUCGCUAUCUAAGGUUGGGUUGUACCUAAGACAACCAGUUUUCACACAUGGUCAAUUGUACGUAGCUUUAUCCAGGGUUACAAGACGAGAUGGAAUCAAGUUACUAAUACUUGACAAUGAUGGCAGGCCUACAAAUAAAACAACCAAUGUUGUAUAUAAAGAGAUAUUCAAUGGAUUGUGA